AUGAAUGUAGUAGAACUAUUUGUAGGUACAGAUUGUAUAGAUCAAAUGUUGAAAUAUUUAGGUCAAUAUGAUAGAAAGAGAUUAAUAUUAAUUUCUCAUAACGGCAGUGGAUUCGACAACUGGAUCGUGCUUAAAAAUGCAAAAAAACUAACGCAUUGCCCUUUAAAAACACCCAGAGGAAUUCUAUCUUUUCCUUUAUCUAAUCCAUACACGGAUGAAGAUUUACAGAAAAAAUGGAAAAGACAGAAAGAAAUAAAGGGUAAUCAUUUACAACAUAUUAAUUUCACGUGUUCCUAUCAACACGAAUCCUCUAGUUUGGCUGCAUGGGGAAAUUCUUCCAAUCUUCCCGCGAAUUUGAGAAAGAUUGCCGACGUAUAUAUCGCUAAAUACACACAAGACAACUGGGAGGAAUUGAGACACGAAUGGGAACCUUACGACAAGAGAGACACUCUCUGUUUGGGAGCUUGUUUGAUAAAAUACAACCAAGUUACAAAAGAAGUUGUAAACCAGAAUAUGUCCAAUAAUCUAACGGCUCCAUCUUUAUCUUUAAAGGGUUGGUAUUAUUUAUAUCAUUACGAUAUAGAAAUGGUGGAAGAAGAAUGGUAUGAAACUACUAGAAUGGUUGCGAAACAUACCGAAAAAGAAAAUAUAGAAAAAGUUUAUUCGCACACUAAUCCUUUUAUAAGAAAUUUUAUCAGACGAUCUAUUAAAGGAGGAAGAGUUUCGGCAAAUAGAAAAUCAUUUGAAACGAACAAAAUGGAUGAAAUUUGUAAUGUAUUAAAGGAAUAUAUUUCACAAACAGAAAGUAAUAACAUAAUUGAUUUAUUCAAAGAAUACAGCCCAAGCACAAAAGACAAAUCGGCGGUUCAUUCGAGACUUAAAAAAAUAGAAUGUACUAAACUAAUGGCAUUUGAUGCUAACGGUUUAUACGCUUCCGCCAUGUCGGAUUUAGACAGUGAAUAUCCGAGAGCGGAAAGUGGAAGAGCGUUUCUACCAGAAGAAGAAAAAGAAUUUGUAAAACUCUUCAAUAAACAAAAAUUCAGACCUAGAACAGCUAUUUUAACAGUGUGGUUUGACUAUCCCAAAAACAUGUUCUUCCAACUGAUACGAGCUAAAGAUAAAAUCACUUUCACAAUAAAGAAGGUAAAAAGGAAACUGGUAACAAAAUCAGAAAUAGUGAAAGCCGGUGGACGAAUUAUUAGAAUGUUAGAUGGUAUAGUUUACGAAGAAAAUUUUAAAACUCCACCCUAUAGAGAUUAUAUUUUAAUUUUGAGAGAUUUAAGAAAUAAAUAUAAACGAGAAGGUAAUAUCGUGGGUAGUAAUUGCAUGAAAUUAUUAGGUAAUUCCUUGUAUGGUAAAUCAAUUCAGAAAGAUAUAUUCACAACUAGACAUUUAUGGAAUGAAGCAACUUUACAGGCCAACUUUGAUUCACGCGUUAAAACCUAUGAGAAAAUUAAUGAUACUCAAUAUAUUGUUGAAACAGAAAUUGAAGAAAAAGAGAUUACUACCGAAGACAGUAAAUCUACACGACUAACACCUAGUCAUUUGGGAUCAUUCGUUUUAUCUCACAGUAAAAAAAUAAUGAACAAUUUCAUUCACGUCAUAAAUGGAUUUUAUAAACCCGAAAUAUACUAUACCAACACCGAUAGUUUGUACAUUUCAUCCAAAAAUUGGAAAAAACUAAACAGAGCUGGUUUAGUCUCCGAAAAAGACUAUUGCAAAGGUAAAAACGAUUACGGUGACGGUGGAAUUAUAUUUGGUUUAUAUUUAGCACCAAAAGUCAAAUACAACAUCGUUUUGACUUCUGAUGGUGUUUUAAAAGAAAAGAAAACGUUUAAAGGUUAUUCUAAUGAUAAGGUAAGUGUGGAAGAUUAUGUUCAGUUAGCAAGCGGACAUGAUGUGUCGAACGAAUUUAAUAAACCAUGGGAAAAAAAUUUCACCAAUGGAGUAGUUAUUCCAAAUGAUAAACAAACUAAAGUUUUUAGAAGUUAUUUGAAUAAUGUUAAAAGAAAACCACCAAACAGUGAAGGAAUUAUGUAUCCUUACAACGACAAAGAUGAGUAUAGUUUUGACGAAAACUAUAAAUUUGAUGAUUUUGAUUAUCUUUCUAAUCAAGAAGAGAAUGAAGAUUGUUUUAAAUGA